GGGAUGGCCUUCCACUGAAAACAUGCCUAGAGUCUCAGGAAAGGAUCUGAUCGAAAGAAUAGAAGGGAACAACAGACAAACACCAUAAUUCCAGUUUUACCCUUGAGAUGGAAGCAGAUAAAAAGUCGAGAGCAAAAGGAAAAGGGGGAAUCAUCCAUCAUCAUCAUCACGGCAUCACCCAUCAUUAUUAGCACUAACCCAAAAGAAGAAGAAGAAGAAGAAAAAAAAAAAUGCCUUGACGAUGGCUGCUUAUUAUAAACACAAAAUCCAAGAAUUAUUAUAUGAAGGGUAUGGGUAAAGGUUGUUGAGCAAAUUCCUAUGACUAGCCAAUCAUUUUUUGCCACAUUAUAAGUACAAUAUCAGCUCACCCUAUUAAAAUUGACUGAUUUUCUACGCUUAUAGUAGUAUAUAAAAUAGAUAUAUGAUUAGCGGUGCGAUUGUUGGUUAGUGUAAUUUGCAAGUCUCCUCUUGACUAAGAGAGAGAGAGAGAGAGAGAGAUGGGUCUGCUCAGCAAUAGAGUGGAAAGGAGUGAAAUCAAACCAGGCGAUCAUAUCUACACUUACAGGGCGGUCUUCACUUACUCUCACCAUGGUAUCUUUGUUGGUGGAAGCAAGGUGGUCCAUUUCAGGCCCAGGCAGAAUGCAAAUUCAAGCUCUGAUACUUCUGAUUUUUAUGAUUCGAGCAUUGCCUCAUCAUGUGAAACCUUUCCUGACUGUGGGUUCAGGCAACCCAAUAGCGGAGUAGUCCUCUCCUGCCUAGACUGCUUUCUUCGAAACGGUUCCCUUUACUCCUUUGAAUAUGGGGUACCCCCCUCUGUCUUUUUAGCAAAAGUACGUGGAGGGACAUGCACCACUGCAGCAUCUGACCCACCAGAAGCAGUUAUUCACCGAGCAAUGUAUCUUCUUCAAAAUGGGUUUGGCAAUUAUGACAUUUUUCAGAACAACUGUGAGGAUUUUGCUAUGUACUGCAAAACAGGUCUUUUGAUAAUGGACAAGUUGGGGGUUGGAAGAAGCGGUCAAGCUUCUUCCGUCAUUGGUGCUCCAUUGGCUGCUCUUCUCUCAUCCCCUCUAAAGUUGCUAAUGCCAAGUCCGGUUGGUGUUGCUACAGUAACAGCCGGAAUGUACUGCAUGAGCCGAUAUGCUACUGAUAUAGGCGUUCGGAGUGAUGUGAUCAAGGUUGCUGUGGAAGAUCUGGCUGUGAACCUGGGCUGGUCAGGUUCUUAUGAGGAAGUCUGUGAGGAUAACGAGGCUUCACGCAGAUUGAUUGCCAUGUGACAUUAAUUUCAUAAGCUGUUUGCGGACAGUGCUAGUAUCAAUUGAUAAAAUUUGUCAAUGUUCGUGAAACUCAUUAUUUUAUAUAUAGCAUGAGCUAGGGGAACAGGUUCACUUUGGUAAUAAACUGCAAAGUGGGCAUAUUCCCCAGAGUGGUCUAUUCUGUCAUCUGUGUUGUUGACUUCAGAAAUCCGUUCUUCAUACUUUGAGUGGUUUGUAAAAGCUGCGGGCAACAAAUUGAAAACGUACUUGGAUGUACAAAUCAUCAUCCGAAGUGUUAUCUUUUUA